ACCUGUCAGAACAGGAAGAGUCUUUUACUGCUGUGGACGUGGUUGGAGCUCCGUUGUCUGUUAUUUUGAGCGAAAAAAAGUUUACUCAACUGUUAACAGUCAUGGGAACUGAUUUGAGAAAUACUGCCGAAGCGGGCCGCCAGUGACACCAACACGCCACCUGUGUUAGAGUCACCGAAACUACUCUUGGAAGCGGGGAGAGCGGAGUUUUACCAAAGAGAGUUUCCAGACGAGCGACGCUAGCUGAAGCUAACGUUAGCCACUUAGAACAGCAGCGGGUCCAGGCUGAUGUAUUCUUCUUUGUAGGACUUCACAGAUUCACGUUUUUUCUGUUCGCUUUGAGUUAUCUGUGAGUACUGGCACAGUAUCGUUCUUGCUUGUGUUAUAAGGUCGCAACAAGUUGUUUUUUCUUACUUUUUCUCCCGCGGGCUUGAGGCUGUGCUUUGAAUUUCCCUCCAUUAGUAAUACAGACAGGCGGCUCGGCGAGGGGUUCACUCCAUGUAGUUGGCUACCUACCAAAUAGCCACAUUGUGCUAAUUGUGGCUAGUUAGCAGGGACUAGCCUAGGCCCUAGGGGAACUUAGCCAUUUGUUUUUUUCAUCAACUUCAGAGGAAACUCUUUUCUUUUGUUUUGCGUUUGAGCAACUUUUAGGGAAAUUACCGCCACUGGUUCAACGUUAUCUGAACAUUCAAUUCAGGGAAACGAAUUGAAUCAUAAUUAUGGAUCCAUACUCGGGGAAUUCUGCCUCGGCUGCUGUCUCCAAAAAGGACAAGAAACCAAAGAAGAACUAUGAGGAUGGAGACGGGAAAAAGAAAUUUAAACUCAAACGUCUGAUUCCCGAUGAGUUGGAACGUUUCACCAGCAUGAGGAUGAAAAAGGAUAAGGAGAAAGUGGGCUACCCGCCAGGUCAGCGUCACUCUUCGGCUGCCAGCUAUGAGAUCAGUGCCCAGAGUGCCAUGCUACAUGAUCAUUCAGAUGAAUACGUCCUGGAUCUCUUUGAACAGAUGCUGGUGGACAUGAACCUGAACGAGGAGAAGCAGCAGCCUCUCAGAGAAAAAGACAUUGCCAUCAAACGCGAGAUGGUCUCCCAGUACCUCCACACUUCCAAAGCUGGCCAAAACCAGAAGGAGAGCUCUAAAUCAGCUAUGGUGUACAUCCAGGAGUUAAGAUCAGACCUCAGAGAUACACAACUUCUGGCCUGUCUGGAGUCACUCCGAGUCUCACUCAAUAACAACCCUGUCAGUUGGGUGCAGAACUUUGGAGAUGAGGGUCUGGCUAUCUUGCUGACCCUGCUGAGGAAACUGCAAGAAGAGAGAGACGAGUUCCCUAACAUGGGAGUGAAAUGUCAACAUGAGAUCAUACGCUGUCUGAAAGCCUUCAUGAAUAACAAGUAUGGUCUGAAAGCCAUGCUGGACUCAGAUGAGGGGAUUCCUCUGCUCGUCAGAGCCAUCAACCCCAAGGUGCCUCUCAUGAUGGUGGAUGCUGUCAAGCUGCUCUCUGCCAUUUCCAUCCUGGACCAUCACGACAACCUUCAUGAGCGUGUUCUGGAGGCCAUCACAGAGGAAGCAGAGAGACAUGACAUCGAGAGGUUUCAGCCUCUGCUGGAUGGCAUGAAGAAGUCCAACAUUGCACUCAAGGGCGGCUGCAUGCAGCUGAUCAAUGCCUUGAUCAGCCGAGGAGAAGAGCUGGACUUCAGGAUCCAUAUUCGUUCUGAACUGCUGAGGCUGGGACUCAGAGACCUGCUUACUGAGGUCAGGACGAUAGAGAAUGAGGAGCUGAGGGUACAGCUCAGUGUGUUUGAUGAACAGGCUGAAGACGACUCUGAUGAGCUCAAAGCACGCCUGGAUGACAUCCGUAUCGAGAUGGAUGAUGUGAGAGAGGUGUUUGAGAUCCUAGUCAACACGGUGAAGGACUCCAAGGCAGAAAACCACUUCCUGUCCUUUUUGCAGCACCUGCUGCUGGUUCGCAAUGACUACUUGGCCAGGCCCCAGUACUACAAGCUGAUAGAUGAGUGUAUUGCUCAGAUCGUGCUUCACAGGAACGGAGCUGACCCUGACUUCAAGUGCCGCAACCUCAGUUUGGACAUCGAGGGCUUGAUAGACAACAUGGUGGACCAGACCAAGGUGGAAACCAGUCAGGCCAAGGCCACUGAGCUCGAGAAGAAGUUGGAUGCAGAGUUGACAGCACGCCACGAGUUGCAGGUUGAGCUGAAGAAGUUGGAGGGCGACUAUGAGCAGCGGCUGCAGGAGCUGAGCCAAGAGAAGGAACAGCUGGCCUCCUCCAAGCAGGAGAAAGACAAUGAGAACCAGGGACUUCAACAACAGCUAAGCUCUCUACAACAGCAGAUUGAGAAGUUGUCUAAGGAUCUUGAAGAAGCCAAGACCAAAGUUGUCACAGUUGCUGUUCCUGUGCCAACACCCGGGGUGCCUCCUCCGCCCCCUGCCCCCCCUCUUCCUGCCCAAACGAGUGGCAUGCCCCCUCCACCUCCGCCUCCACCUGUACCAGGUCACGCAUGCAUGAACCCUUUCCCACCCCCACCUGGUUUACCAGGGCAAGGUGGUGCUCCUCCUCCCCCACCCCCACCACCGCUGCCUGGCAUGUGUGGCCCCCCUCCACCACCCCCCUUGCCGGGUAUGCCGGGUCCCCCUCCUCCCCCGCCUCUACCUGGCAUGCCAGGACCUCCUCCACCUCCACCUUUACCUGGAAUGGGUCCACCCCCACCUCCACCCCCACCUGGGGGUCCUGGUAUCCCUCCUCCCCCACCUGGUCCUGGUAUGCCCCCACCCCCACCAUUUGGCAUGGGUGGCUGGGGCACCCCUGCGCCACCUCCUCUGCCUUUUGGCCUUGAGCAGAAGAGAGAAUAUAAGCCUGAGGUCCAGCUGAAGAGAGCCAACUGGAGCAGGAUUGGAGCUGAGGACCUCUCCGAGAACAGUUUCUGGACCACAGCCAAAGAGGAUCGUUUUGAAAAUAAUGAGCUCUUUGCCAAACUCACCCUGGCCUUCUCCUCGCAGCCCAAGACCUCUAAAGCCAAGAAGGAGCAGGAGGGAGGAGAGCAGAAGCAGGUGCAGAAGAAGAAAGUGAAGGAGCUGAAGGUGCUAGACUCAAAGUCUUCUCAGAACCUCUCCAUUUUCCUAGGAUCGUUCCGUCUGCCUUAUGAAGAGAUCAAGAACGUCAUCCUGGAGGUUAAUGAGAAGGUCCUCACUGAGUCCAUGGUUCAGAAUUUGAUCAAGCAGCUGCCAGAGGCAGAGCAACUGAGUGUCCUGGGGGAUAUGAAGGAUGAAUAUGAUGACCUGGCUGAGGCCGAACAGUUCGGAGUGGUGAUGUCGAGUGUAAAGCGCCUGAGGCCCCGACUUCAGGCCAUCCUGUUCAAGCUGCAGUUUGAGGAGCAGCUCAACAACAUCAAGCCAGAUGUUGUGUCUGUGACAGCAGCCUGUGAGGAGCUGAGGAAGAGCGGGAACUUCUCCCAGCUGCUGCAGAUCAUCCUCCUCAUCGGCAACUACAUGAAUGCUGGCUCACGGAACGCCAAGGCAUUUGGCUACCCCAUAUCUUACCUCUGCAAGCUACGUGACACGAAAUCAGCUGACCAGAAACAGACACUGCUCCAUUUCAUUGCCGACAUGUGUCAGGAGCAGCAUCCUGACAUCAUGGGCUUCCCUGAUGAGCUCAUUCAUGUGGAAAAGGCCAGCAGAGUAUCUGCAGAGACACUUCAAAAGAACCUAGAACAGAUGGGCCGUCAGCUCAAGAACCUAGAGAAAGAUCUGGAAACCUUCCCGCCUCCGCAGAAUGACAAGGACAUGUUUGUGGAGAAGAUGUCCAAUUUUGUGGGCAGUGCCCGCGAGCAGUAUGAGAAGUUGGAUCUGAUGCACAAGAAUAUGGAGAAGCAGUACACAGACCUGGGUGAUUAUUUUGUCUUCAACCCCAGAAAGAUCUCCAUCGAGGAGUUCUUUGGAGACCUUAACACCUUUAAAAACAUGUUCCAGCAAGCGUUGAAGGAGAAUCAGAAGAGGAGGGAGGCUGAAGAGAAGAUCAAGAGGGCCAAGCUGGCCAGGGAAAAGGCCGAGAAGGAGAAGGAAGAGAAACUCAAGAAGAGUCAGCUUCUUGACAUCAACGCAGAGGGUGAUGAAACUGGUAUCAUGGAUGGCCUCUUGGAGGCGCUGCAGUCUGGCGCUGCUUUCAGGAGGAAGCGUGGACCUCGGCAAGCAGCCAACCACCGACGAGCUGGUCAUGCAGUGACCAACAUCCUGGCCAAAGAACUGAUGCAGGAAGACACACCAUCAUCAGGCAAACAGACCAAUAAGAAGAAAAAUACAGAGGAAAAGGAGGAGCUUAAACUAGAAGGGGCGGGGUCAUUAGAGGAGUUACUGGAGGGUGCCCCCGUUCGGUCCAGUUAGGCAGAACGUUACCCUUAUUCACAGAUCGAGGGUCAGCAAAAUCACAGAGGCCAAUACAAAUCUGAUCUGAGAUCAGUGUCUAACGGCAACUUCAUUCUGCUCCAUCAGAUUGACUGAAUGAAAAAAGGCCAAGACGCUGUGCCCUUGCUCUUAACAGGACCAUCAGACUGGAUGCUUCUGGACUGCUUCUUUUUGCCGGCAAAGGGAGGGGCAUAGGGAGGGGGUGGGGCUCUCACCUGGGCCACACCUCCUGGAUGACCCUCAGCCCACCAGUGAAUCUUUGCUACCGCCAUAGAAAUUUAAACUGCUCAGUUCAGCAUCUGCAACUAUCUAUUCCUGUGUUUUAUCUGUUUUUUGUUUUGUUUUGUUUUGUUUUUUUGAUCGAAUUUUGUCUUUGUUUGUCAGUUUAUUCACGUUUGUCAUUCCCCAAAGGGCAUCUUGAGAUGAGAUUAGGUGAGAUUCCAAAGACAUACUCAGGAGGGACCCAUUCUUGAUUUUGUGUGUGUGUGUGUGUGUGUGUGUGUGUGUGUGUGUGUGUGUGUGAUGCCACUGCAAAGCCUUUGACUGGCAAUGUCUGGACUUUGAUACACAAGUUCUUUUUGGAUGUUCCAGGCAGUGACCUCUGUGCUGUUUCAUUUUCAUUUCCAUUUUGGAGUUUUUUGUUGAACACCCAUGAAACAUUGAUUUGUAUUUCUCUGAUAUACUGUAUGUAAGUGUUAAUUAUUGUGUUGUAUUUUUCAAACAAUGUGCCAACCAGUACAAAUCCAGUCUUGUCAUUGAAAUUUGCUUUGUUUGUCCAACUAGAGUUUGUAUUGGGCUGUGGUGUCGACUAAUCAAAGCUCUUUUCACCAAUGUUUAUUAUUACCUAACAGAAUGUUUUUUUUUUUCACAGAGAUGGGAUUAAUGCUCAUGAUUUAGAUUUCAGAUUUAUCAAAAGAGGCACCAUAUAACCAUAUCUAUGCACUGUAAACACAAAUGCCCACAACAGGCAUAUGUAGACAUCCUGCUCAUAUCCAUGGAGUUAUCGUCCAACCCCAUAGAGACGAAGGGCUGAGUGGGAUGAAAAGGGGCAGGGUCUUCCACAUAUUACUAAGUAGUACCAAAAAAAAAUGAUUGCUCCCUGGAAGGGUGUUUCCAUACCAGCUCUAGCCUGAGAAAAGCUUGUAUGCCUGCGUGUUUGUGUGUGUGAAAAAGUCUGUCUGUCUGUAGGCAUGAAGUCAGCUGUCUUUAUUUAGAAAUGCGCGCGCAUGUGUUUGUACAUAUGAGUGUGUUUGUGUGCACUCGGUGUAGGUGUGUGUGUGUGUGUGUGUGUGUGUAUGUGUGUCUGUUUGUGUGUAUUGCCAUCUAUAAUUACUGUUCGGUACUGACCAUGCUGUCAUAAAUGUUAGGUCUCAUAAACAGCACUGUGGUGUUUCUGCUGAGAAUACCGCACACUGGAAAACUGCCUGAAAACUGCUGAGACAAGUGUAUGUUUGCAUUUGUUCGUGUGUGUGUGUGUGUGUGUGUGUGUGUGUGUGUGUGUGUGUGUGUGUGUGUGUCCCCUCCCCUUCCCCACCCACUAGACUACAACAGUAGUUGCUGAAUGUCUGGACUCGCUCUUUUUUGUAUUCAGUAGCCAUCAGCAUAAAUGUUGCCAUAAUGUUGUAGUGUAAUAUCCGACAGGAACCCCAAGAGAUGCUGUCAGCCGCUCCAUGCAAUAUUUAUUCCUAUGCAAACACUGUACAACCCGCCCCACCCUUCCUUGAUCCCAAACCAGCCACAGGAUGUAACAACCACUGGGUUGCAACCACAUCUGCUGUUUCUGUCGAUUCAAGGUCAGUGCUUUCAUGUUGCCGUUGAUUGAGUAAAACCUCAUCAGCAUAACAGUCACCUUUCGUUUUCUCACACUGUUGCCUGAUAUUUUACUGUAAUUUUGAAUAAGUUCAUUUCUUCCUACACAUAGAAAUCUCUGCACAUGGAGGAACUGGCACUUAAUAAAAAAUCCUUAAAGGUCACAAUUGGAGAUGAGGUUCCUCAAAAUCAAUAUAGACAUCUUUGUAAUUCUUCUCCAUUGCUGGAGCCGAAUUUUUACACAGUAACCAUAGUUUGUUAAUAAUACACUGCAAAUGUUGAUAAAGUCUAGCAGCAAUUCUUGUAUUACUUGAAACCCCACAGUUUGUGCUACCUGCUUUCAAGCACAAUCAAACGACUGUUUCUUCCUCUCCUAGAGCAUUUAUAUGUCAUGUUUUGGCUGUAUUAGAAACUCAGCAGCAAUACUGUUUCUCUCAAGGGAACAUUUCCAGCUCAUCACUGUGUGCAGCAUAUUCAAAAGAGGC